AAUUGUUAAAUCAGUGUGACAUAACGAUAAUAGUUACCCUUUUAUUCAACACAGGGAGUUAUUGCUGAUGAAAUCAACGUUAAAAGACCACCAGCGCUUUUGGCAAUUAUCUGUACCGAGUUUGAACACCCGAAACCCUUGCGAUGGCUGGCACUGCUCCACUGGUAAUGCGUGUUGUCGGGAGCUCGAUAAAGAUUGCUCACCGUGCCGGAAAGAUUAUCCGGGACGUUAUGUGCCGGGGAGAUUUGGGGAUCGUUGAGAAAGGAAAAGACGACUUGCAGACAGAAGCCGAUCGAUCAGCCCAACGGUGUAUCGUUGCAUCGCUUUCGAAACUUUUUCCCAACGUUACCAUCAUUGGGGAGGAAGGACAAAGCGACUUAAACGUUCCAGACGACUGGUUGAUAACUGAGUGCAAUAAGGAUUUUAUAGAGAAACACAAAUGUCCCGACACUCUCAGCGAUCUUAAGGAGUCCGAUCUGGUCAUAUGGGUCGAUCCACUUGACGGUACGAGUGAAUAUACUCAAGGUUUCCUAGAGCGUGUGACUGUCUUGAUAGGCAUAGCGGUAAAUGACCGUGCGGUUGGUGGUGUCAUUCAUCAACCCUACUACCAAAGCGAGUCAGGCGAUGUCGGUCGCACUAUUUGGGGACUAAAAGGAUGCGGCACCGGGGGCAUUCUUCCAGCUAAGGCUCCGUCGGAUCGUUUCCUCGUGACUACUACUCGUUCACAUUCCAACACAAUCGUACAAACGGCACUUGAUUCUCUUUCGCCAGACGAAGUGCUGCGUGUUGGAGGUGCAGGGUAUAAGGUGUUGCAGCUCUUGGAAGGCAACGCCCAUGCGUACGUUUUUGCCAGUGCUGGGUGUAAAAAAUGGGAUACUUGUGCUCCAGAGGCCGUGCUAGAAGCUAGUGGUGGAAUGUUGACAGAUAUGCUAGGACGUCAUUAUCGCUAUGGUAAAGAUGUAAGCUUUCCUAACGGCAGUGGUGUUCUUGGUACUGCGGCAGGAGUAUCUCACAAGGAUAUUCUUUCGAAAAUACCUGAUCAAGUAAAACAGGCUAUGGAUAAACCCUAGAUAUAGUUCUUGUUGUUAACCAGGGUUCGUAUUGUCUUGUUGGGAAGAAAAACCGUGAUAAAUUCGGAAAAUUAUCACCAUACACCUGAUUUUAUUUUCAUUGAAUUAUGUUGGUCGAAUAAAAAUUAUUGUUCACUGGCAUUCGUUGUAACGUUAUGUAGGGGAAAAAAUAAAGAAAAGUAUAUGAGUAAUGAUUUGUCCUAAA